UAGUUCACGCUUUAUGAUUGGCUGACGAUUUCUACAACACAAACUUUACACGCCUCAAGGUGGAAAUUUCAAUAGUAUAAUUUCCGGUUUCGCUGCCAUUUUCUAGGAGAUCAGUUUUGCGGUCUUCCUCGUGGUAGACACUGUUUCUUGGAGACACUUUAUACCGGUGUUUAGUAUCUAAAGUAGCCCUACCUUUUGCCGCUUCUCCGCUUGGGUGACGCAGCUCACUGGGAGGUGGAGUAGAGAGGCCGGUGGGCAGCGCAGAGCGGAGCUGAGGCCUUAUAUUGUGUCCGUCGUCGAGGUUGAACACGAUGCCGUCAAUUAAACUGCAGAGCUCUGAUGGAGAAAUCUUUGAAGUGGAUGUAGAAAUUGCAAAGCAAUCCGUUACCAUAAAGACAAUGUUGGAAGAUUUGGGCAUGGAUGACGAAGGAGAUGAUGACCCUGUGCCACUUCCUAAUGUAAAUGCAGCCAUUCUUAAGAAGGUGAUCCAGUGGUGCACUCACCACAAAGAUGACCCCCCUCCACCUGAGGAUGAUGAGAACAAAGAGAAGAGAACAGACGAUAUUCCUGUAUGGGACCAGGAAUUUCUUAAAGUAGAUCAAGGAACUCUCUUUGAACUUAUCUUGGCUGCCAACUAUUUGGAUAUUAAAGGGCUUCUUGAUGUAACCUGCAAGACUGUGGCAAACAUGAUUAAAGGCAAAACGCCAGAAGAAAUUCGGAAGACAUUUAAUAUAAAAAAUGACUUUACUGAAGAGGAAGAGGCACAGGUGCGCAAAGAAAAUCAGUGGUGUGAAGAGAAAUAAAAUGCUGUGCGUCUUGUCAUUAGAACACUAUUACUCUGGAGCACUUUUUCUAAAAAAAAAAAAAAAAAAACAUUUAUUCAUUUUCUCCUAAAAUGUAUAAAUUGACAAAAUUACAGCCUAAACUGUUAACACCCAACUGUCUGUCCAAUUAUUGCCGACACACAGACCUUAGACAAAAAGAUUACUCAUGAAUCUUUAGGAAUAAAUUGACAACUGACUGUGCUGUUCCUCUGCUAACAGUGUUUUAAGAAAAGAUGUCCUGCAAUUAUUAUUUUAUAAGGAAUACAAAUAAAGUAUUUACUGAAACAAACCUUUCAGGAGACAUGGCAGGUCUUUUGUAAUGAGAUGUUCUCCUAUACUGGUCUGCAACAAAGGUUUCCAUAGAAUGCAAUUUCAGGACAAGUUUUAGCCAUACUACUUAUCCACAAACACUUUGCGUUGUUGGAAGAUUGUGAAUAAAAGUAAUAUAAAAACCUCUAACCAUAGAUUCUGGGUAGGAUGGAUUUCAGUGACCUGGAUUUUCCAUUGACUUAUUUGCUUCUGUUAAGCUAAGAGACAAUUUUGUUUUCUCCAAAAAAAUAAAUAAAUAAAUAAAUGCUCAUCAGGUUCUGCACUUUAACUAUAGAUCUGUGCAGCUUUCCCUCCUCUAGCUUCUAUACAUGUAUGUGUUGUGUUCAUUAUACUUUUUAAUCUGUAUCGAAGAGCAGGUUUAAAAUUUCCUAAUAAAUUUGAAUUUAAAGGA